UCAUGCUGCUGCCAGGUCCAGAGUGUCUCAUGGGUCCCUGUACGGCCUCCCAUUGCUGCUGUCUCCAUCGCCACACUCUGCCAUGUGCCACUUUCAGGUCUCCUCACACACUGCUGGGUUCCAUUUUGUCAUAGGGUGCUGGCAGAUUACGGGCCUCUCAUUGCUGCUGCCAGGCCUUAAUCUGCCAUGGGCCCCUGUACCGCCUCCUCAUGCUGCUGCCAGGUCCACAGUCUCUCAUGGGUCCCUGUACGGCCUCCCAUUGCUGCUGUCUCCAUCGCCACACUCUGCCAUGUGCCACUUUCAGGUCUCCUCACACACUGCUGGUGUGUUCCAUUUUUUG